AUGUCGCAGGUUCACGCUCUGUCCGACGACCAGGUCGGCCAGGAACUCCGUAAGAUGACGGCCUUUAUCCAGCAGGAGGCCACCGAGAAGGCACGCGAGAUCGAGAUCAAGGCCAACGAGGAGUUUGCCAUUGAGAAGUCCAAGCUGGUGCGCCAGGAGACCGACGCCAUCGACGCCACGUACGCGAAAAAGUUCAAGCAGGCCGCCCUGUCCCAGCAGAUCACCCGCUCGACCGUAACCAACAAGACCCGUCUGCGCGUCUUGGGCGCCCGCCAGCAGCUGCUCGACGACCUGUUCGAGACCGCGCGUGCCCGACUGGCCGCCGACGCCACCGCCGAUGCUGCCCGCUACCGCGCCGUGCUCGUCCAGCUCGUCCUCGAGGGCGCCUACGCCAUGCAGGAGCCGGCCCUCCAGGUGCGUGCCCGCGAGGCCGACGCCGACGCCGUCCGUGGCGUCUUUGCCGACGUGACCGCCGAGUUCGAGAAGCAGACCGGCUCUGCCCUCACCCUCACCAUCGACGAGGCCAACCCGCUGCCGGCUGGCAGCGCUGGCGGCGUCUCCGUCGUCGGCGGCAACGGCAAGAUCGAGAUCGACAACACCCUCGAGACCCGGCUCAAGCUGCUCGAACACGACGCCCUGCCGGCUAUGCGCGAGGCCCUCUUUGGCAAGAACGAGAACCGCAAGUUCUUCGACUGA